GGUCAAAGCGCGAAUUUGUUCCAUUGGUCGGCUCAAGGAGAGAAUGUUCAAUGCAGUACAAAAACUGGAGUACACACAAAUACGACGGCAAACGAAGAGCACCCUCUUCAAUAAGGAGAAAUUUCUCGUCUUCUGCGAUGCUUCGGGCUCUGCUGUUACUUUCCCUCCUGGGAUUGAUCCCGUGGGUCAACGCGCACCAGGAAACAGGUGAGUGGACUUGCGAAUCGGAGUCGGAGAUCCGAGUCCAGGCCGAUUACAAACCUGGACUCAUCACCCUCGAUGGCCUCGCCGACGAUUGGGAGGACAUUGAUGGUUCGGAAUUCUCUCUCCGUCCUGCUCUGGAUCCCGACGAGGACCACGAGUACGCCGGUGGAAAAAUGACCGUUAAGGCUUUGCAUGAUGGAAAGGAUGUCUUCUUCUUGUUGCAAGUUGAUGGGGACUAUGCAUACGUGAAUGGAGACAGCAGGAAAUGUCCAUCUGUGGCCCUUAUGUUUCAAAUUGGUGGAGAUGCUUCCUAUCAUAAUAUGGGUGGGUGUAAAGAAGGGCCUGACUCUUGCACUAACAAGAAUUGCAAAGGCCAUGAAGUUGACAUGAUGCAUUUCUCGAUUGGAACAGCUAUUCCAGGACGGCUCUAUGGUGGCAAUCCAAUUGACAAUAGCAAUGGAACUGGAGGUGACAGGUGAUGUAGUACAAUUACAAGCUUUCUUGGUGUAGUACAAUUGUACAACCAAAACUGUGACUGAUGUGCUACCUUGUACAACCUUGCAGACUCAGCACUUUAUAACUUAUGUUUUCCUUUAUUUUUCUGGUUAUGUCAUCAACAGAUUUACAAGCUUUCUUGGUGUAGUACAAUUGUACAACCAAAAUUGUGACUGAUGUACUACCUUGAACAACCUUGCAGACUCAGCACUUUAUAACUAAUGUUUUCCUUUAUUUUUCUGGUUAUGUCAUCAACAGAUUUGGUCAUUUGGUUGAUCUAUAUGCUUGGAACCCACACUGUAGAUACCUCGAUGGCAUUGGUCGUUCAGGUGGUCCAGAUGGAGCUUUUGAAGAUAAUGAAAACUUUAAGUGCUUCUUUUAUGAUCAAAUCAUCAAUAUGGCACAUCAAUUUGUUUCUGUUUUGAUUGAAAAUGUUAAACUAUUUUUAUAUGUGCCUUUAUAGUGCAUGUCUGCCACCAAGUAUGCUAGACUAGCUCAUCAUUCUGCUGCAUUAUCUACUUUUAACUGUUUGAACUUUGAAGUUAGAUCUUUGUCACUGCCUUUAGCCUUCUAAUGGGCCACGCCCAUCACUCUUGAAGGUGGAGCAUUACCGUGCCUAGGGCAAGGUGGUUUGCUGGUGCUUGUGGGAUUAGUUGGGCCAAAGGUCUUUAUACCUAUGUUAUCAUCUAAGAAAAAGAAGUAUAGUAU